AUGACGGCUCUCGGGCUUCAGGUGGGAUUCAGCCUGGAGGAAGCGUCCCUGCGGAACUGUCUCUUUCCUAGACUUCUGGAUGAAACCACAGACAAGCCGAUGACAAAUAUCCGGUAUUUGGACCAGGAAAUAAUAAACCUCAAAAAAGACCUGAAACGAAGCCGUCAUCUUAUUAAAUCAGUAAAGAUAGGCCGUAGCUAUUUCACCAUGCUGAAAGAGGAGAUUGCAAUGAAAAAGCAACAACAACUCCUUGCAAAGCUAAAAGAAGAAGAACUGCAUCGAUUCCAGCCAGCCAGGAGGACCUCGGAUUUGCCGUAUGGACACCUUUUACUGGGCGCCUACUUUGAUGAGAAGACCAAGACAGUCAAAGGGAGCAUCCCGCGCCCGUUCACCCCCAUGUACAGCUGCCUGGUGUCUCCCUUCCUCCCGGAGUCACACGUGGAAGCCCUCUUCCGCCAGCUCUGUGCCCUCCACUGGCUUCUGGAGGCCCUGACCAUUGACCAUACCCACCACACCAUGAAACCAGUGAUCACCUGCUGGAAUCUAAGGGACCCCGGCGGCAGCAAGAGCACAGUGAAGAAGAUCAACAAGGACAAGUCCAUGGGCCAAAAGUGGGAGAACUUCAUCACGGCCCCCAAGACCAAGAAAUUCAAGCUUCCCGGAAUCCGCACCACCAGCCGCAAGCCCAGCCGGCGAGGGUCCAUGAUCAGUCUGUCUCGGACCAGCAUGGGGUCUUCCCCCCAGAGCAGCAUGGUCUCCGUGAACCCCCCCGGCUCAGACGACCACCCAAGCGUGAUCGUUCAAGCCAAGGACAUGGAGGACAAUGAAUCUUCUUCCACCAAAGCUGAAGAAGAAAACCUUCAUUACAAUCUGCAGAAGCUCCUGGAGCUGGUCCGGGAAGAUGCCCACCGGUGUGUCAUGAUAGAGGCCGAGUCUCUGAAGAAAGUGCCCAGCAUCACGGCGAUGCUUAGGCAAACCAAAAGUGAUUCUAUCAACAAAGAUAUGCAGACCAGCACAGUCAAGUCAAGUGACAGAUCCAUCAGUACAAGUGCAGACAGCCACUCCCUGCUAAGCCAGAGGAAGGGUAAAAGCCGCAUACACGACAUCACCCAGUCCAAGAGCGGGGUGUGCAACAUGUUGAGAGCCAAGUUCUUCAGUGUGGCCCAGGAGGCCGGCUUCUGUCUGCAGGACAAGAUGGAAGUCUUCAUGAAACGCCAGGAGGAGCGAGGCAUCCAGAAGUUCCAGUCCUUCGUUGUUGUAUCCAAUUUUCAAAAGGACUUGGGAAAAAUGAGACGCCGAGCCCCCAUGCUAAAAGGAGAUGCACAAGAGAUUGCAGAUCACUGGUAUUUUGAUUUACUAACCAAACUCCCCGAGGAUCUGAAGAAUUUCCUCCCUGCCAAAAAAAUCCUGGUGAAACUGCAGAAGUUUGGGGAAAACCUGGACCUGCGAAUCCGCCCCCACGUUCUGUUGAAGGUGCUGCAGGACCUGAGGGUCUGGGAACUCUGUUCCCCCGACAUCGCGGUGGCCAUCGAGUUUGUACGAGAGCACAUUAUCCACAUGCCUCAAGAGGAUUACAUCAGCUGGCUGCAGAACAAAAUCAACAUGCCCAUCCGGAUCUACGAUCCCCGUGCAGAGAAGAGCUAA